AUGUAUGCUGAAUUGAAAAAGGCAACAAACAAUUUACAGCACAAAGAGUAUUCCAGAUCAUUGCUUGAAACCAUUUACAAAGGAUGGGUCCAUGAAAAUACAUAUGCCCCAGAAGAAAGUGGUGAUGGUUUGGAGAUUUAUGUUAAGAUGGCAUGGACCAGAGAAUGGGAGGUAGAUUUCAAAGUAGAAGAGUUCAUUAAUCAGAAUCUUGUCAACCUGUUGGGAUAUCAUCAAAGUGUUGGUAAUCGUAUAUAUCUCGUCUAUGAGCUAAAUCCAGAUGCUGGUUUAGACAAACUUCUUUUUAGAGAGAUACGAACCUCUCCUCUUUCUUGGGUUGCCCGGUUGAAGAUAGCUAUAGGGGCCGCACACCUGUCUUUCUUGCAUCGGAGAAAGCGAUUGUCGUAUAAACAGUUUAAGACUGCUGUUAUAUUGGUGGACAAGUGGGGUACUUCUGUACAUUUGAAAAUUCAGACUUCACUGAUAGAUGUUACGCUUCGCCAGAGUGGCAGUGUUCAACGUAUGUGGCAGUGUGGUGCUACUGAAGUCAUUUCGAGCGGACCUGGGAUGAAGGCAUUUGAUGAGUACAUAUCAAAUUUGAUAGAAUGGGCUACUCCAUUACUAACACAUAUAUAA